CGCUAGAUGGAAAGAAACGAACCCGGAACUUGCCCGUUUAGUGGAGGGAAAUAAACAGCGCACAUCUCCAUAAGGCGGCAAGAAGCUUAAUGUGCGCCUGAACGUAAGUUGGAGAAGUGAAAACAGAGGGAAAAUCUGGACUGGGUUAAAUAUAUUCAAUCGCCUUACUGGUAAAUAAUUUGGACUUUAAUGAGGCCUUUUAAGAUUUUCUGCAAUCUAGACUGAAGUGUAGGUAAUUGAUAUAUAUAUAUAUUGAAGAUAGACCCAAAGAGACUAUAUAUUGAAAGAAUGGCCAAGGCGGCAAAAGGAAGGAAAAACAGCAUUCCAGAUAAUAUAGAGAAGGUGGGAAGUGACAACAAAAUAGACCAACUGCUGGAAAUGGUAACUGAAAUAAGAAACGAAUCUGCACAAAGAUUUAAUAAGCUUGAAGACAAGUUAGACACUUUUGAAAAAAACUUUGAAAAAAUUGAGAAAGAUAUAGACACAGUAAAAUUGGAGUUAAGCAGAUUGAAACCCUUGGAAAAUAAAAUACAAGCAAUAGAGGAGGAUAUCAAGAACCAAGUGGCGGUAAAUGCAACAACAGAAGAAAAAUUGGACUCUUGUAAAGAAGAAAUAGAAAGACUAACCAGGCAAAAUGCACUAUUGGAAUUGAGACAAAAGGAACGUAUUUUACGAUUCAGAGGGAUUCCAUCAAUAAACAAAACAGAAUUGAACAAGAUUAUGAUAAAUAACCUUUCAAAGUACUUGGAUAUAGAGGAAGACAUCCUGGAGGACGAUAUUGAUAAGAUAAUCAGACCCAACUACAGAACUUCAGAUAAAGACAUAAGAGAAGGAGACGUCUUGAUUUUCUUUGAUAGAAAGCAAACCAGAGAUGAGAUCUUAAAAAGAAAUUCAAAGAAAAAAAUGGUAAUUGACUUAAAAGAAAUAACCAUACUGAAAGAGACACCAAAGUGGAUCCUCAACAGAAGGAAGGAAUAUUCCAGCUUAACUAACUUCCUCAGAAGUGAAAACAUCACCUUCAAAUGGGAAGAAGUGGAGGGAAUCCAAUUUACCUAUGGAGGCAAAUUUCACAGACUUCUCUCAGUUCAACAAGCCAAAGAGACUUUAGAAAAAAUCAAAUUAAAGAUAGGAAACUAAAAUAAACAUGUGAUGGAACGAGGAAACAGUAGACCUUUGCCACAGCAGACCUCAAGUUCAUUUUUGGAAAUAUUUAUUUCCCAGGUGGCAGGAUGUUUGGUGGAAUCUUUUCUUCCUGCAGAGAGUGCUGGAGGAAUGUCUUCAUAGAAAUUCAAUGUAUAGUUGUGUUACAAGAGAAGGGAGAUGUCAAAAGCUAUUCACUGCAGCAUUAUACUUUUGUUACCACUGUGAGAGUGAAGCUAUAAUGAUACAUAUGUCAUUUUAUGUCAGGGUCUCUAGCUCACAUUACUGCAUUGAAAUACCUUUGAGAAUUUAAAUUACAG